AUGGCUGAUUUAAGAGUGAAUAAGGGAAGCAAUAAGAAGCAGCAUAGACACGAAUCUGUCACCGCCAUAAAAGCUCUUCCGAACGAGUUAUUAGUAGAGAUUAUUGCCAAGGUGGCUUCUCGUUCCAUCGUUGACCUUUGCAAGGUCAAACUAUGUUGCAAGGAGUUUCUUCAUGCUGCGGAGGAUGAUAACGUGUACCACCAUGCGUCCAUGGAGAAGUUCGCGUUGGUGCCACUUCCAUGGUUCACCGGAGAGAAAGAAUCUUCGUUCUUGAAACGUUGCAGGGAGAAUGGUAACUCGGAAAUUUCGUACCGUGAAGGAAUGGUGCAAUACUUCAGUUCUUUAAGGGUAAAAUCGGGUCUUGAGAAUUUGAAAAAUGCGGCGAUGGAGGGUCUUGAUGAAGCCAAAUAUGUUUAUUGCAUGCUUUUGAUGUGUAGUGAAGAUGAAGGAGAAAGAAAACGUGGUUUUGAUCUUUAUUGUACGUUGAAACGUUCCACUUGUGUUAGAAGAUGCAGAAAGAGGGUGAAGUCUUUUAUCCGAAGCAUGUGGGUGAAUAAUAAAAUUGUGGUUCGAAAUCACAAAUUAUCUUUAUGCAGCACGUGUGAUGGUGAGAGGCUCAAGAAGCUUUCAAGAAGAUGGUCAUCGUUGGUUGAGGAUGAAGAUGGUGAUGGCAUUUCAUGCGAAUAUUGUAGUGCUGACUAUGAACUUGGUUUGUUUUGUAACAUGAAGUCUAACUAUUUACGGAAUCAAGCAUGUGAAUAG